UAUUUUUGUCCGUCAGAGGUCUCGUAAUACAUUAUAAUGAACCUAACUUUAAGAAGAGGAAUUUUGGUUAUGUGUACAAGAGUAACUCUUAUUACUACAAUUUUCAUUUAAAUUUUAAAUUUCGGGUAUGAUACCAUCAAGAACACUUGCUAGAAAAGCGCCGUCCCUUAAGCAAGUGACGACAUGUACGAAUUUACUGAGGAAACAGGCCUUUUCGUCGGAAAUGGAUAAAAUCGAGAUUCCUAAGAGGAUCCAGCGCGGGCCUACCGAUAUUUUACGUGCUCUGGAAGCGACGAUUAGCAGAGAUCCGACGGCCGCUCACUACAAAUACCACGACGACCCUUAUCUAUUACCCAUGUCCAAUGUUGGUAAGCGUGCGUUCGCUUUAGCCAAAAACGCCGGGAGAAAGGCGGCGCAUUGGGUACGUAGACAACAUCCGGAUGUGUUUAACCACCGAGAAUGCGAUCCACCAAUAGAGCGUUUCUUCCCCAAAGUGGUGUAUGAUGAAAAUAGCGAACUAGCAGAACAGGACUUAACGGACGCAAUGGAAAAAAAUCAAGUAUCAGAUUCGCUGCUUAUUUACAAGAUUUUGCAGGAAAGGAACGCGGAUAUAUCGGCGAAAUCGACGCAGGCUCUGUUGGAAUUACUUUGUUAUUACAAUAGCCAGGACGAUAUUGAUGAGGAAUGGCUCGAAGAAAGGUGGUUCAGACAGAGUGUCAAAGGUCAAAAAAAGCUUUGGAAAGAUGGCGGACCGGCGGAAGAAGUAUUCGCAAAACUUAAAGAACCAGACGAGGAGGCUUACGCAGCUCUAAUUCAAGGCAUGGCAAAGUAUUCUCAGUCCACGAGGGCUUGGCAUUAUUUCGAAGAGGCUAGAAAUAAGGGCUACACUCUGAACACAGACACUUACAAUUCUUUGAUAAGAAUCUCCAAAUUUUUCAAGGAGGGUUAUGAUAUGAGGUGGACCCAUGUCACUGACCUGCUCAGGAGCAUGAACCAAGCCAACUUAAAGCCGAAUCUAGGCACUCUAAAUGCGGUUUUAUUUGUCUUAAGCGGAAUGACCACUCACCGAGCGGUUAAAGAAAAUAUUCUGAAGACUUUGAGGGAAUUUAAAAAUUUAGAAAUAGAGCCAUCCUUGGGUUCAUAUUAUUUCAUAAUAAACACGUUCUAUGGAGACCGGCGUUCAGUCAGUACCGUCCUGUAUGAUGUUAUGGAACAGGUAGACAAUAAGAAGCAUGAAAUCAGAGAUAUGGAUGACACGAGUUUCUUUGUGGCCGCUAUGGACAUUUGCAAUAACCAUUUAAGAGACGCCCAUCUUGCAGAGAGAGUAAACAAAUUGCUACACCUUGGAAACAACUAUAACCUUAUAGGAGACUCUUAUAGAGAGUCCACCUACUACAGGCAUUACUUCACAGUUUUAAUGACUAACCAGCCACUGAAUGAGUUCAUGGAAAAUGUCUACAAUAAACUAGUACCAAACAUCUAUGUUCCUGAACCCAGUGUUAUGGAAGAACUGUUAAGGCAAGUGGAACUCAACGCUUCAAUAGAGUAUAUCCCCAAACUGUGGUCUGAUAUGACUAUUUUCGAUCAAGUCAACCGAGAAAAGCUGAUCACCCUAGUGUUGAAUAUAAUGGUUGAAAAUUCACCCCAGGUGGGCACCGAUUUGGCGAUCGCUUUCAGUAACAUAGCUAAGAACAUAUAUGAAAAUAUUGAAAACCAAAACCCUGAGAGAACAAACCUUACUGUCACAGGAGAGAUGCUGGGCAACAUCAUGGUAUUGGUUCUCGCAAAUAAUGAUUUUACAAUAGCUCAACACAUAAUGAACAAGUUAAUUAAAGAUCACACCAAAGUAGUCGGUGUGCCUAAGUUUGAAGCUUUGUCUCUAUUUGUUGAUCACUGUAUGGCCCACUCUGCCCCCUCUAGCGCCAUAGACUGUAUACAGUACUGUGCGGACAGCGGCUUCCCAGAAGCUGUCGCCCUUAGUGCUAGACUCAACAGCAAAAUGACUUUAGAUGAGACCAUGUUAAAUAGGCUGUCCCCAAUUAUAAGCAGUUGAAAAGUUAAAUAAACGGA